AUGAAUGCAAGAGGAGUGAUUCUGAGAGCUUUCGAGCAGUUCCGACUGAAAACAUGCAUUGACUUCAGGCCCAAAUUGUGGAACAAUGAACAACACAUUGUGAUCAAGAAGGACAUAGGGUGUUGGUCUCAUAUAGGAAAAGAGGAGUGGAAACAGGAUUUGUCCAUUGGCUCUGACUGUGAUACUGUUGGUAUAGUGGAACAUGAACUCUUGCAUGCUCUGGACUUCUGGCAUGAGCAGUCCAGAUAUGACCGGGAUGAUUAUAUCACAAUUAACUGGACAAACAUUGAAUCAGGUAGGGAGCAUAAUUUCAAAAUCAAGACCAAUGAUACCAACAGCACCAUGGACACCCCAUACGACUACAUGUCCAUUUUGCACUAUUCCAAGAAUGCCUUCACCAAUGGCAACGGAUCUACAAUGAUCACAAAACUGCCACAGUAUCAAGAUGUGAUUGGUCAACGCCGUGACAUGAGCCAUUAUGAUGUAGAAGAGCUCAACAAGUUCUACGGAUGUACUGAUUCCAUCUCCUUUGUGGAGCACUGCAGCUUUGACGAUGAGGGAAUGUGUGGGAUGACGGUCUGCUCCAGGGGUUCAGCUGAAUGGGUGAGAGUGAGCCAAACUCAUGGAGGUCCCCAAUCUGACCACACACAACUGGGCACUGACAAGCAGGGCACAGGUUUCUUCAUGCACUUCAGCACCAAGCGAGGGACAAUGGGAAACUCUGCCAUAUUUCAGACCAGGAGGGUGACUCCCAAGAGAAGCUGCAAGGUCCAGUGUCUUCAGUUCUUCUACUACAACACUGGGAGUUGGUCUGACCAGCUCAACAUCUGGAUAAGAGAGUUUGAUAAUGAUGACGACAUCAAGGGAACUAGAAGACUAAUAGGACAGAUAAAAGGAUCCCCAGCUGAUUACUGGCAGCUCCACCAUGUUCCCCUGGACGCCUCCAAGACCUUCCAGGUGGAGUUUGAGGGCCGCAAAGGAUCACAGUAUUCCACAGGUGGCUUCUCUGUGGACGACAUCAACCUCUCAGAGACCGAAUGCCCCCAUCACACAUGGCAUGUCAGGGACUUUGAGAGGCAGUUAAAAGCCAGCAGGAAUGUAACUGUACUGAAAAGCCCAGCGCAUUAUUCCCAUGAAGGCUAUCGAUAUCAACUAGCAUUAGCAUUUCAUCAAGAUCACCUUUUUGUCUUUGUUCACCUGGUCUCUGGUGUCCAUGAUGCUCGAUUGAAGUGGCCUUGUCACCAGAGACAGGUGACAAUUACAGUGUUGGACCAAAAUCCACACAUGCAGAGACGCAUGUCGAAACAAAUGAGCAUCACUUCAUAUGGCUCAUGGUUGAACAUGGGAGACGAAGGAGAAGAGGAGGAGGAACUUCCAGGAGGAGCCAGAGUCCCUGGUCCACACCCUCAGGCUUCCAGACUGACCGUCCCUGCUCCAGUGGGAGGGGCAGCCCAAGCAAGCCCUUCCUACGCGCCCAUGCCAUGCCAAGGGAGCGGGAUAAGGCAGUCUGAGGGGUUUCCAUAUGCUGAGCAAGUCACCCUGCUCCAAGAUGCCAUGCCACGUGACUUCAUCUUCCAUGAGUCCACCCACCUCAACCCCUUGCCUGCUGUGCCAACGGUGAAGACGUCUGAGAGGCGUGCCACCAACGAGGAGUCAACCGAUGGGGGAGAGACGUCGGGGAGUGGAGAUGGAGAUGGAGCAACCGCAUCAGUGCUACAACAACUGCAUCAAAUCAGUGCAACCCCUUACCUCCACCCCUGGGAUAAAGACGGUGGAGAGCUGAACUUUGAUACGGUGAGGUUGUGUGGAGAGCCCCCACCAAGCACAAAGCAGUACCUUAUCAACAAGGCUGCUACCCAAAGACUGAGAUCUGUCAUCCAUGAAGUGGAAGCACAUCUGUCUCAACCCUCAGUCUGCUGGGAUCAGGACUUCUCUCAAGGGAAGAGAGAAAUCACCGCUGAUCACACCACAGCAACUCAAAAUGUUCCCUUGCCAAGCAAGAUCAAGCAACUACGAACUUUUUCAAGACUCUGGAACUACAGCCGUGCAUGGUUCGAGUCUUACUCUGAACUGUGUGUGGUACCUGCUCUAGGUUUGCCUGACCUAGACUGGCCCUUCAUUCUCUUUGCGCACGAGAGGGAGGUGGUCAUGACCUCUCUCAUGUGGACACACAAAAGUGCCAAAGUCUCUGACAGCCAUUGUGGAGACUGGCAAGCUGGGCUAGAGUCACCACACGUGAUUCAGCACCCUGCUGUGGCCAACCCAUCCCUAAAGCUGUACCCUCCUGAUGACAUCAUCGACCACGAUUGUGAUGAUCGGGUCGAGGGGGGGGAGGAGAGGUCUACCAAAGAGACUUCUCUGCAACCUGCUUGUUCGAGGGGAAUGAAGAAUUCAGAUGGAUUACAAGUUGACGAAACUGUUCUGGAAGACGACUACGAGAAUGGCAUACAACAAGUCAAGCCGGAAGAGGAUCCUUCGACUUGUAAUCCAUCUGGUUAUGCUGCCGUCAAGACAACCAACAACGACUGGUUUUGCGGGUUGAUGCACCUGAUGUAA